AUGCAUUGGGUCGCAGACCUGCAUCUCGAGAUGUUUCCGGAUCCUCGGUCAGUGCUGGGUGCCAGGUAUGGCUUGGCCUUGAACUCGCUGUCCCACCCCUGCGAAGCGGCGCCGGUAGAGGAGCCACCGGGUCAGAUUGGCGACAAAGCCUUCGUGGUCGGUCAGGACUCCGCCCCGUCCUUCUUCCGGCUCUACGACAUGGUCAACUGCAUGCAUGCCGACCCCAAGCUGGACCGUGUACAGCAUCCGGAAGAUUUCGUGUACACGGUCACGCAGGUAUUGGGGUUGAGGUUCCAGCAGGUCGCUUUCAAGGACAUGCCGACCAUGAUCGCGAGGCAUCUGAACGUCUUGGGCCCCUGGGGUCCUCGAGCUGCCUUCUGCUUGAAGUUCAAACCGGAGGUGAUUGAGAACCCCAGCGACCCAUGCGUUCAUCCUGAGUCGGAGCUCAUGAAGCGCGACGAGCAGUGGCUCACUCGGGAUGAUCUCGAAGAAAUGAUGCCGGGCGUUGUCGUGGGUUUGCCGGCUCUUGCCUUGCUCCAGAUUGUCCAGGAGUCACUGGAGUACGGCUGCACUGAGGGCUUCCGCCUUUCCGAGGGCGUCGCUGUCACGGAACUCAAUCGCCCUGCAGUUCGUGGUGCUGCAGAAGCAUACCGGUGGGCUCUGGAGGCCAAGAAGGCCCUAGCAGAGCUCCGGCCGGAGAUGGCGGAGAACCUCUUUAUAGAGGCCCGGGCGCUUUGGGAGGACACGGAGGCGCCGGCUUGCAGCUCCUUCAAGGAGGGGAUCAAGGUGGCUGCACGCAAAGAUCUUCGGAGGAGGAGCUCCCGCCUCAUCGGACUGCUCGGCCUUGGCCGGACGCUUCCCGCCGGGCAGACGGGGCACGUGCUGCGCAUCAUCUCCGCCAACGUCGUGGAGGUACAGUGGGACGGCAGCGAUGCCGUUUGCGGCCGCCACAGUAUCCGUGUAGCUCGGCCGUUCCAGGGCGUCAGCGUUUUAGAAACAGGAUCUGCUGGCCAUGGAGGACUCCUCGCCGAGACGGUUGAAGGUUCAGUGUUUGUGGGUGAGGUCAAUCCCACUUUUGAGAUCUCCAUUGGAGCUAAGGAGCAGCGCCGGCAGCUUGCUGUGCCUCGGAGUUGCACGGUCUUGGCCAGUGGUUAA